CAAAGUUGUGACUCCGGUACCAGCUUCCGUACCUGAUUUUUCCCUAAGCGGUACUUUUUAAUAGAACUUUAGAAGUUACGACCGCGAACCGGCGUGACUCAAAUAAUAACACCUCGACAAUUGCCGUCUUCUUUUAAGUUCACGGUAACGGCGCCCGAUUAAUUUAGUUUCUUUCUUCGCAACCUCAAAACACUCUUUUCAAUCCCCGCCGUUAUCGUCCAUCACCUCACGCGACGACAACCAUGGAGGAGAAUAAGCCUGCGGAGCAAUCCAAGAGCGCCUUGAAAAAGGCUGAGAAGGAGGCAAAGAAGGCCGCCGAGAAAGCUGCCAAGGCUGCAAAGCAAGCCGCUCUCCCUGUUGUCGGCGGAAAGAAGUCUGACGAUAUCAUCGGCAUCACCUUUGACAAGGACGAGAACUUCGCAGCAUGGUACCAAGAAGUCGUACUCAAGGCCGAAUUGGUCGAGUACUACACUGAAAUCUCGGGUUUCUACAUCAUGCGCCCUGCUACGAUGCACAUCUGGAACGUCAUUCGAAAGUGGUUCACCGAGCACAUUGAAUACAUGGGUGUAGACGAGACCAACUUCCCCAUGUUUUUGUCUCAGAAGUCACUAGAGAAGGAGAAGGACCACGUCGAAGGCUUUGCUCCUGAGCUUGCAUGGGUCACAAAGGCUGGUGACAAGAACCUUGAGGUUCCCGUCGCAGUUCGUCCUACCUCCGAAGCCGUCAUGUACCCUUACUACGCGAAGUGGAUUCGUAGCCACCGAGACCUCCCUUUCCGACUAAACCAGUGGAACUCCGUCGUCCGAUGGGAAGCGAAGCAGACCACCCCCUUCCUACGAGCAAGAGAGUUCCUGUGGCAAGAAGGUCACACAGCACAUCUUACUGAGGAGCUUGCCGGCGAGGAAGUCUUAGAGAUCUUGGAGCUCUACGCCGGUAUUUACGAACAACUCUUGGCGGUUCCUGUUGUGCGAGGAAAGAAGACUGAGAACGAGAAGUUUGCUGGUGGAUAUUACACCACCACAGUCGAGGGUUACAUCCCUUCCAACGGACGAGGUAUUCAAGGUGGUACUUCGCAUUGUCUCGGACAGAACUUCAGUAAGAUGUUCGACAUCACGGUUGAGGAUCCGAAUGAGAAGGGAAAGCACAUCAACGUCUGGCAAAACUCGUGGGGUCUAUCUACUCGUGUCAUCGGUGUCAUGGUCAUGAUCCACGGUGACAACAAGGGACUUGUCCUUCCUCCGCGAAUUGCCAAGUGUCAGGUUAUCAUCAUCCCUGUCGGUAUCACCAAGAACACAACUCCAGAGGAUAAGGCUAAGCAUCUCGAUAAGCUCGAUUAUAUUAAGUAUACUCUGAGGAAGACAGGUGUUCGUGCCGAGGCCGAUCUAAGAGAUGGCUACACUCCUGCUUGGAAGUUCAACGAUUGGGAAUUGAAGGGUGUCCCUCUUCGUCUAGAAUUCGGACCCAAAGACUUAGCCAAGGACGUCGUCAGUUUCGCACGCCGAGACACUGGAGAGAAGGGCACUAUCCCCCUCGCCGAUGUGGCUAACAAUGUCCCUAAGCUUCUCGAGACUAUCCAGAGCGACAUGUACAACAAGGCGGAAAAGGCUUAUCGAGAACACCGCCUAGUCAUCAAGAAUUGGGAUGAGGUUGUCCCCGCUCUAGACUCUAAGAACGUGGUUAUCAUCCCGUUCUGCCUCGACGGCAAGUGUGAGGACCGAAUCAAGGAGUUGACAACAGGGCGCACGGAUGAAGACCCUAACGUUCCGGAGGCUCAGAGGGCCCCGUCGAUGGGUAUGAAGAGUUUGUGCAUUCCCUUCGAGCAGCCCGACGGCUUGGUCAAAGGAGAGACCAAGUGCUUGAACCCCGAGUGCGAACGGUUGGCAGAGCAAUUCGUCAUGUUCGGACGAAGCUAUUAAGCCAGUUAUUGCCGUAAAGCACUAAGGGAAGUCAUCCCUUUUGUUGUUGUGGGGAUUUAUGCGGGAGUCGGACGGACAGGUGGGCGGGUGCGGCACGAUAUCAGAUG